AUGGCGCAUAAAAAGCUUCUUAAUCGCGACUUAAUAUAUGAUUACAUGUUUAAGGUCUUGCUUCUUGGAGAUGCGGGUGUUGGAAAAACAAGCCUUAUGUGGCGCUUUUCAGAAGACGUUUUUAACAAAACGUACAUUUCAACCAUUGGAAUUGAUUUCAAACUGCGUACCAUAGAGGUAGAAGGCAAGCGUGUACGAUUGCAGAUCUGGGAUACGGCGGGACAGGAACGCUUCCACGCUAUCAGCGUUUCUUAUUACCGCUCCGCCAUUGGGAUUAUGCUUGUGUACGACAUUACAAGCAGGCGUUCCUUUGAGAACAUUGCAAAAUGGCUGCGGAAUAUCGAUGAACAUGCAAAAGAAGAUGUAAUUAAACUGUUGGUUGGCAACAAAUGCGAUUUGCGCGGACCUAGAGCUGUUAAACGCGAAGAGGGAGAACAGCUAGCUACUGAAUACGACAUGUCGUUUUUUGAAACCAGUGCCAAGGAAAAUGAAAGCAUCGAGGAUGCCUUUGUGUGCAUGGCUCAAGAAAUAAUGGAGAAAUUUGUUCCAGGAUGGGUUAAAAACGACUAUAACAAGCCUAAAAAGGCGGAAAUAACAGACGAAACUACAAGAAAAAGCCGAAAAAAGGAAACAAAGUGUUGUUAAGAGCAUAGAAACUUAGAAUGUUUUACAAAUUUAUACAGGAUUAUAGGUAUAUUUCAAUUUCCAACGAGCGCUUAAAGAUCAUACCGCAUUUGUCAUCAUAGCAUAAUGUUUGUUUACAUUUUUUGAUACAGCAGGUAUUAUAAAUAUUUUAAAAAGCUUGAGAUGUGCACUGGUGCAUAGUUUGCACUUUUACCGGCCGUUUCUGAAAACGAUAUAAAAAAGGCGCGUCUUACAAUGGUGCGAGUCGCUCCCGAUCGGCCGCCGCCAUGUUGCAGUUUUCUUAACUUUAAUUUACUAUAUUUUCUCGGUAUUCAUUUAAUCUAAUUUGCAAAGUCUGGCAAGGCUUAGCGUUUGAUGCCUUUAGGAAGAGAACCACCCAAACCGAGUUUUCGGCUUUAAGCUGAAUUACCAGUUCAUUAAUAUAGCUAGCGGUUGACAGUGAAAACUCGCUGGUGAAGACCCACCGAAAACGCUAUUGAAAACUGAAAACAUUGCGUCCGAAUGCUCGCUUUUCAGCAAAGCUGCAUCUGAUAUUCAAAAGCGAAUAAAUAAUUCAGCAUAUAAAAUAAUUUUCCUUUAUUUUAAUAUCCUAGGUAAUUUCAAUAGCACGAAUGCAAGCUUUAAAGCGUGGCCCAAUAAAGAUCUGAAACGUGUAUUUAAAACGUGUAAACGUUUACUUUUACAAUAUUUCAGUAUCAAAUAAACAUAACCGUGACUGAAGAAGUUUUCUUUUUGCAACAUGUUUCACUGAAAAUCAUUUGCGUGACAACGUAGAUCACCUGUGACGCAGCUAAAAAAGAAAGCUCCCCCACCGUCCCCUCCCAACCCAAAACAUUCCAUUUUUUGUUUGUCUCAUGGUCAGCGGCUCCUCGUAUGACAAUAACAUUCAAAAUGGCGACCGAAACGUCGACUUCAGCUACAAAUCAGUCGAAAAAUGUACUUAUUGGAGUUACAGGAAGUGUGGCGAGCAUUAAACUACCCAAGCUUGUGGAAGAGCUGCUUCUGUUACCAUCAAAGGUACUAAUCAUUUCUUAUAGAAAUCGAGUGAAAUUUAUAGCAUGCCAAUGUCAAACGAUUCUGAUCUUGCAGGUUAAGCAAGCAUUUUUCUUAUUUCUAUAUAGCCAAAUAUCCAAGUCAUCGCUACAGAUUGCUCAACCCAUUUCUUUGAUGAGAGCAAAAUUCGUGCAAAAGUUUUCAGGGAUAAGGAUGAAUGGGAGGUAAGAGAUUUUGACCUAUGUUGCAAAUGUUGUUCUUCCUCUAAGCUUACAUUAAUUUCUUUGAGCCAGAGCCUUGGUAACGUUACCUGACCUAAUUACGUGAGAAUGUGUGACAAAUAGGAGCAAGGGUAAGCGGGACCGGGGAGGGAGUUGUCAACGUUCUAUACUACCUAACAUAUAAGGCCUGGGGGUGGAGCACUCCCAUCAUACUGAUAUAUGUAUGCUGCAGAGCAGAGUAUGGUUUUCAGGUUCUUGAUCCUUAAAUAGGGUGUUGCCUUGAACAGGAUGUCAACAUUGGUUGUGCACAGUCUACAAGCAAAAUUGCAUUUCUUACAUUGUGGGUGCAGAGAUUAUUUAGCAAAUCAAGCCAGCAAUUAUCCACUGGUUGCACAGUGUAGGUGUCUGCCCCCUAUUCAGUGGCUGAUCCUGGGGAGGGGCUCAGGGGGCCCGCCCGCUGCUCCCCCACCUUAUUUUAAGUCCAAACUGAGGCCCCAAAGAGGCAAACAAAAUUUUUUCUCUUCCCCCCCCCCCCCCCCCCCCCUCCCCCACCCCACCCACUCCCCCCCCCCCCCCCCCCCACACUCCCGACUUUCUCCUCCCGCCCCCCUCCUUUCAGCCUAUGUUUUAAGUUGUCAACUCACACCCCCCCCCCCCCCCCCCCCCGCCCCCCCGCACAACCACCCCACACCGUCCAUCUUAAUUUUCCAAGUAAUACAAACACAUGUGCGUCCGUGUCACGGAUGAUGCCUCGCCGCCCGACACUGCGGGUGGACCUGGGGGGGGGGUGCGGGGGCCCGCCGCCAGCCCCCCCCCAUUUUUUUCAGACCAACACAGGCCCCCAAAGAAAAAAACAAAAGUUUUUCUCCUCCCCCCCCCCCCCCCCCCCACUUAUCAAACAGUCUGGAUAACUGCCACCCCGCCCCCCUAUCUGAAGGUUUGGAUCCGCCACUGCUAUUUGUAAGGUAGUAUGUAUUGAAAGUUAACCACCCACACUUCCCCCUGCUGGUCCCAACAUGACGAGUAACCUUACCAACCCAUUGUACUUGCAAACUUGUGAUUUAUUCCACACAUUUGGUGUGUAACAAAAUAAUAAAAAUAAUUAUUCUACAUAGCUCUCUCUUACAAGCUCACCUCCUUGCCUAUCGCUGCUUUAGUGUACUAUUAUAUUACUUAUUGCCUCUCAUUGGAUUGGGUGAACCCAGAAAACAUCCAACCUACGGCACCCUAUCGAGGGUUAUUAAAAUUGCAACAGGGUGGAUCGGUCUUAGAGGCCAAAAUCUUACAAGAAAAGUCUGAAGUUUUAAUUUAAAUUUCCAGAGGGGGAGUGUGAUAUCUUCUGGUCUUCACUGCUAACCCACCCCCAGUGGCAUAUCCAGGGGAGGGGCCCAGCCCCCCCCCCCCUUAUCUUAGGGUCUGGAUGACUGCCCCCUGCUUUCUUUCGUAGUGAUUAAGUCUAAAUUCUUGAGGCUUGACUAGAUAUACAUCAUUGUUACUUUUAGAAGAGUUGGAUCUUUCUUCCUUGUCUUUUGUUUAUUGAUAGGCAUGGAGAACAAUACAAGAUCCUGUUUUACAUAUUGAGGUAAACUGAACUUUGAAAAACCCUUAAUUCCCACAUAUGGGAACGUGACAACUACUGAUAAUAGAACUUUUGAGUCGUGAAAAAGCUCUGUGGUGUAACGUUUUAGUAGCAGUUUCACAUGCAUGAUACUAUUAUUUGCUUCUCAUCAUUUGAUGACAUUGAAAUCUUGUACAAGAUUUUUCCUUGAUGUUAGGCUUCUUUAGUGUGACAUGAUUGUUAAAUCUUGCCCAGAAAGCCAACAAGGUAAUUUUGAUGUAUGACUUUAAAAAAAAAUGACAACUUAGUGUUCCACCACACUUUAACUUUGAGCCCUCUAACUACCAUAAAAGCUAAAAUAAAAUCCUGUAUCUUUAAUUGCUGGUAAGUAUGAUGCAAGCUUUUUGAAAACAGAAUUUUAUUGUCAAAACUUCCUCAUAAGAGAGGAUCCCAUUCUAAGUACCCUAGUUCUUGCCAUAAAUCUUUGAUGUAUUGAUUUUCAGUAGCUACGACGCUGGGCAGAUCUUAUGGUUAUUGCUCCACUAGAUGCUAAUACAAUGGCCAAGAUUGCCAAUGGAUUGUGCGACAACCUUUUGGUAAGCAUUUCAAUGUUUGCUAUAUACAUCGUACUUAUUAAUAAAACCAAUUUUUAAAAUAUGUAAGUUGAACUUAUCAGUUCUUAUGGCAGGGUUAUACUUUUUGUCGUGGCUUGAACUAAUUUCUUUAUUACACUGUCUCAAAUCAAAACCUUAUGAUUUAAUAAUUUGUUUUUCUUCUCCAAAGAGAGUAGUGAUAAUCACAUUACUCUUGGUCCAAUUUUAUCAGAGACAGCUAAAUCUUGUUUUUUUUCAUUAAUCAAGUUACCAAAAGAAUAUGUCCUUUACAUGUACAUGUGAGGCAGCAUAAAAAUGAUAAUAAUUAAGAAAAAUUUUUCUAACUCAGCAAACUCUAGUCUGAACAAACUAACAGAUGACAAAAGUGACAAGGCUGCAUGGUGCAAUAAAUGUCAUGGACAAGGACAUUAAUAUUGACUGAGAUUUAACGCCCUUAUAAUUUAGGGUCAUAGCCAGUUUGCUAGGAAGCCUGGUUUAGUUUCAUAUGUUUUUUAUGUAACUCUUCAACAGACUUGCACAGUUCGCGCGUGGGACAUGAAGAAGCCACUGCUAUUCUGUCCAGCGAUGAACACUUUCAUGUGGGAGCACCCUAUUACUUCCAGUCAUGUUGAACAGCUGGUAAACAUUGGAUAUACUCAUGUUCCACCCAUCAAAAAAACUCUAGCUUGUGGUGACACAGGUAACAACCCUAACUUUUUUUAA